GGAGGGCCAAUGAGAGAUGCUGGAUGAGCUGGGAGCCUUCCAGGUAGGGGUGAAUGACCAGGGUACCUGAUGUGUGUUGCAGUAUGAGAUGUACACCAUCGAGCGGAAUGCAGAGAGGACCGCCACCGCCGGGAGGCUGCUGUACGACAUGUUUGUGAAUUUCCCAGACCAGCCGGUGGUGUGGAGAGAAAUCAGCAUUAUUACAUCAGCAUUAAGGAAUGAUUCACAGGACAAACAAACCCAAUUCUUAAGAAGUUUAUUUGAAACUCUGCCUGGUCGGGUCCAGUGUGAAAUGUUACUAAAGGUCACGGAACAAUGCUUCAACACGUUAGAACGAUCAGAAAUGUUGCUUCUACUUUUGAGGCGCUUUCCUGAAACGGUGGUGCAACAUGGGGUUGGCCUUGGGGAGGCACUGUUAGAGGCUGAAACUAUUGAAGAACAAGAAUCUCCUGUGAACUGCUUUAGAAAAUUAUUUGUUUGUGACGUCCUUCCUCUAAUAAUUAACAACCAUGAUGUUCGACUGCCUGCCAAUUUAUUAUAUAAGUACUUGAACAAAGCAGCUGAAUUUUAUAUCAAUUAUGUCACUAGGUCUACUCAAACAGAAAAUCAGCAUCAAGGUGCCCAGGAUACAUCUGAUUUAAUGUCACCUAGCAAACGUAGCUCUCAGAAGUAUAUAAUAGAAGGGCUGACCGAAAAAUCAUCCCAGAUCGUGGACCCUUGGGAGAGGUUGUUUAAGAUUUUAAAUGUUGUUGGAAUGAGAUGUGAAUGGCAGAUGGAUAAAGGAAGACGAAGCUAUGGAGAUAUUUUGCAUAGAAUGAAGGAUCUCUGCAGAUACAUGAACAACUUUGAUAGUGAAGCACAUGCGAAGUAUAAAAACCAAGUGGUGUAUUCCACCAUGCUGGUCUUCUUUAAGAAUGCGUUCCAAUAUGUCAACAGCAUACAGCCGUCUCUCUUCCAAGGUCCUAAUGCCCCGAGCCAAGUUCCACUGGUUCUUCUCGAAGAUGUAUCGAACGUGUAUGGUGAUGUAGAAAUUGACCGUAAUAAACACAUCCAUAAAAAGAGGAAACUAGCUGAAGGAAGAGAAAAAACCAUGAGUUCAGACGAUGAAGACUGUUCGGCGAAAGGAAGAAAUCGUCACAUUGUAGUCAAUAAAGCCGAACUUGCUAACUCCAUUGAAGUGUUAGAAAGCUUUAAAUUGGCCAGGGAGAGCUGGGAGUUGCUCUAUUCCCUAGAAUUCCUUGACAAAGAAUUUACAAGGAUUUGCUUGGCCUGGAAGACGGAUACUUGGCUUUGGUUAAGAAUCUUCCUCACCGAUAUGAUCAUCUAUCAGGGUCAAUAUAAAAAGGCGAUAGCCAGCCUGCAUCACUUAGCAGCUCUCCAGGGAUCCAUUUCUCAGCCACAGAUCACAGGGCAGGGGACCCUGGAGCAUCAGAGGGCACUCAUCCAGCUGGCAACGUGCCACUUUGCGCUAGGGGAGUACAGGAUGACAUGUGAAAAAGUCCUUGAUCUGAUGUGCUACAUGGUACUACCCAUUCAAGAUGGAGGCAAAUCCCAGGAGGAACCCUCAAAAGUAAAGCCCAAAUUCAGAAAAGGUUCGGAUCUCAAGCUCCUGCCAUGUACCAGCAAGGCUAUCAUGCCAUACUGCCUGCAUUUAAUGUUAGCCUGUUUUAAGCUCAGAGCUUUCACAGACAACAGAGACGACAUGGCAUUGGGGCAUGUGAUUGUGUUGCUUCAGCAAGAGUGGCCACGGGGCGAGAAUCUUUUCCUGAAAGCUGUCAAUAAAAUUUGCCAACAAGGAAAUUUCCAAUACGAGAAUUUUUUCAAUUACGUUACAAAUAUUGAUAUGCUGGAGGAAUUUGCCUACUUGAGAACUCAGGAAGGUGGGAAAAUUCAUCUGGAAUUACUACCCAAUCAAGGAAUGCUGAUCAAGCACCACACGGUAACUCGAGGCAUCACCAAAGGCGUGAAGGAGGACUUUCGCCUGGCCAUGGAGCGCCAGGUCUCCCGCUGUGGAGAGAAUCUGAUGGUGGUUCUGCACAGAUUCUGCAUUAACGAGAAGAUCUUGCUCCUUCAGACUCUGACCUGAGUGGAGACCUGUCCACCAGACACAGCUCGGGCCUGUGUGAUUUUAGGAGAAGAUACCCAGCAGUGAUUGACGUGGCACCCAGCCACGGUCACUGUUGCUGUUACAAAGAAGAAAACCAGCUGAGUUCUAACUCCUUGGUUGCUUAAAAGUAGUUCCCAAGAGUCUGAGAAGCUAUCUCUAUUUUUAAGAGUCAUUUUUUGUAAUUUUUGUAAAACAAAGACCCAAUCUGUUUUGUAAAUAAAAAUCAUCCUAAAAUUUGAA